AUGAAGUUCCUCGGGAAACCCAGGAGCCAGGCAGCUGCUUCUCUGCCUCUUUGCUUGCUCUUUUUGAAGAUUCUGCAACCAGGACACAGCCACCUUUACAGCAACCGCUACGCUGGUGAUAAAGUGAUAAGACUUAUCCCCACUACAGAAGAGGAAGCAUAUGCACUGAAGAAAAUAUGCCACCAGCUUAAGGUGGACCUGUGGCAGCCCAGCAGCAUCUCCUAUGUCUCAGAGGGAACAGUUACUGAUGUCCAUAUUCUCCAAAAUGGUUCCCAAGCUCUGUUAGCCUUCUUACAAGAAGCCAACAUCCCAUACAAGAUCCUCAUAGAAGAUCUUCAGAAAACACUGGAAAAAGGAAGCAGUUUGCAAGCCCAGAGAAAUCGCAGAUCCCUCUCUGAAUAUAAUUAUGAAGUUUAUCACUCCUUAGAAGAAAUUCAAAAUUGGAUGCAUCAUCUGAAUAAAACUCAUUCAGGCCUCAUUCACAUGUUCUCUAUUGGAAAAUCAUAUGAGGGAAGAUCUCUUUUCAUUUUAAAGCUGGGCAGAUCACGAGCUUACAAAAGAGCUGUCUGGAUAGACUGUGGUAUUCAUGCAAGAGAAUGGAUUGGUCCAGCCUUUUGUCAGUGGUUUGUAAAAGAAGCUCUUCUAACCUAUAGGAGUGAUCCAACCAUGAAAAAAAUGAUGAAUCAUCUGUAUUUCUAUAUCAUGCCUGUAUUUAAUGUUGAUGGAUACCAUUUCAGCUGGACUAACGAUCGAUUUUGGAGAAAAACAAGAUCAAGGAACUCAUGGUUCCGCUGCCGCGGAGUUGAUGCCAAUCGGAACUGGAAAGUGAAAUGGUGCGCUGAAGGAGCUUCUAUGCAUCCAUGUGAUGAUACAUACUGUGGACCUUUCCCGGAAUCUGAGCCAGAAGUGAAAGCUGUAGCUAACUUCCUUCGAAAACACAAGAGGCAUAUUAGAGCUUACCUCUCCUUUCAUGCAUAUGCUCAGAUGUUGCUGUAUCCCUAUUCUUACAAAUAUGCAACAAUCCCCAAUUUUAGCUGUGUGGAAUCUGCAGCUUAUAAAGCUGUGAAUGCCCUUCAAUCGGUAAAUGGGGUACGGUAUAGAUAUGGACCUGCCUCCAGCACAUUGUAUGUGAGUUCUGGUAGCUCAAUGGAUUGGGCCUACAAAAAUGGAAUACCCUACACAUUUGCCUUUGAACUACGUGACACUGGGCAUUUUGGGUUUUUACUCCCAGAGGUGCUCAUCAAACCCACCUGUACAGAGACCAUGCUCGCUGUGAAGAACAUCACGAUGCACCUACUCAGGAAGUGUCCCUGA